CUUUUUAUGCGUGACAAUAGGUACCUUUGAAACAGGAUGUAAAAUUUUUCAUCCUAGCAUCAUCGAGGAACAGCUGAAAGCAUAAAUAGCGCCACCUGGUCAAAUCGAUUGUUGAGGUUAAAAAGCAAGAGAUAUUUUUCCCUCAACGUCACACCAACUUGCACACGACUUCGUACUCUACCCACAGAUGGACAUAGGACGUGAGGAUUCAAUAAUAAUAAGAAAAAAAAUGAGAUGCAACCGAUGCAACUGAGUGAACGGGGGAGUAGAGAAGUUUUGAUUGAAUAAAGAAGAAGUGGUAACGAGUUUUUAUAUUUUCAUUUGAAAAAUCUGUCGUACGUGAAGGUCUCGUCCUCGUGUGUGCCAUGACUCCUCUUUUCACGGUUAUCCUACGUCACUAAUAAAUAUUCUAAACAUCAAAGGAGUGAAGAUAAAUCAGGUGUAAAAGAUGUUGAGUGUAAAAUCAUCGAGGGAAAAAGCGUUGAGAUGAAUUUGUAAAAUUUGAAAAUUUAAAUUUUCCUAUUGUGCUGGGGUAUUUGGAGCUGAACAAUAGGAUUACGAUCAUGGCUUCGUCUACCAAGAGGUCCUGGAAACUCCAGGAACUUGUUGCUCACUCGUCUAAUGUUAAUUGCCUGGCCCUGGGACACAAGUCAGGACGAGUCCUGGUGACUGGUGGUGAUGACAAGAAGGUCAAUCUUUGGGCAGUUGGCAAGGAAAAAUGUAUCAUGAGUCUCAGUGGCCAUACAACACCAAUCGAGUGUGUGAGAUUUAGCCAAACUGAAGAUCUCGUCUGUGCUGGCUCUCAGACUGGUGCACUCAAAAUUUGGGACCUGGAGCAUGCCAAAUUGGCAAGGACACUUACUGGCCACAAGGCUGGCAUUAGAUGUGUUGAUUUUCAUCCUUAUGGAGAGCUCUUGACCUCUGGGAGUCUCGACACUGGAAUUAAAUUGUGGGAUAUCAGGAGGAAGGGGUGUAUUUUUACGUAUAAGGGACACAAUGAGACAGUCAAUUGCUUGAAAUUCAGUCCUGAUGGUCAGUGGAUUGCUAGUGCUGGAGAGGAAGGCAUGAUCAAGCUGUGGGAUUUACGAGCUGGAAGACAAUUGAAAGAAUUCACAGAACACAAACGUUCAGCGACAACCGUAGAAUUCCAUCCCCAUGAGUUUUUACUGGCCAGUGGCAGUGCUGAUAGAACUGUCAACUUCUGGGACUUGGAGUCAUUCCAGCUGGUAUCAUCAACAGAACAAAAUCUAGCCUCAAUAAAAUGUCUCCUCUUCAGCCCGGGGGGAGAAUGUUUAUUCACAGGCUGUCAGGAUGUCCUGAAGGUCCACUGUUGGGAACCAGCAAGAACUCUGGAUACAGUACCAACUGGCUGGGGCAAAGUCCAGGACAUUGCAAUAGCCCAGAAUCAACUGAUUGGUGCCAGUUCCAACGGCUCAUCCGUGGUAUCUUUCGUCUGUGAUAUGAAGCAGAUUAAACCCUUCGGUAAUGUUUCGCAGUUUGUCCAUGGAAAUCCCACGAGAAAGAGUUUUUCGAGGGAGACCCCGGCUAAAAAGGCGUCUAUAAAUGUCAAGACGAUUGAGGAAGAUAAGUCUGGAACUGAUCCCGAGGACGAAGUAACGCUUGCUGAAAUACCAAAUGUCACGGAUUAUCAAGACAUCUUCCAGCCUCAUCGAUCACUGAAUCGCACACCACCACCGGAACCCGAGGCUUUCCCGGUGCCUCAAGACAUAGAUCCAACUCAACCCCAAAUCAUUCAAAACCUAUCUACCUCAAUGACGAGUUUAAGUGCGACGGGAACACUGGACAAUGACGAUGAUCUUUCUCCAACAUCUUCUACCCAGCCCCCCAGUUUAUCAAUGACAAAACCAGUGCCAGUACGUGUUAAUCCAAUAAAAUCAUCCCCACCGCUUCAGAGGCACCCCUUCACCUCGACGAGUCAAAUAAAGGCCAAUCUGCAGGCCAACAAUAUUGCGAAAAAUACCAAGAAUUUUGCGCAAGUACCUCCCAUGAAGCAGAGUAUCAUGCCAGUCAUCGGGAGGAAAUCCUCAGGGAAUCACUUGAGUCAACCAAUGGGUCCUCAGCGUUCAAACUCAACACUGACAUCCCGGGUAGCUCCAAUGGCAGCAGUUACUCCGGUUAUGGGUGAUGGAAAGUCCAAGAGUCGAGCACCAAGUCCAGACUCACCGAAGCACUUUCUAAAACGCCAGACAAGUUGCAAAGAGGGUGAGGGAUACGAGAGUGAUUUUCCAGUGCAAAUAAAUACAAGCAUUAGACAUAGUCCAUCUGAUCCGGCCUUGAAUAGGCCGAAUACCGGGCAAACUCGUACCUCGAUGGCCAGGAAUUUUAUAAAUUCUGGGGCACUCUCAGCAAGAAACUCAGUGGGGGGAAAGAAAAUAAAUCGAGCACAGGUGCAGCCAAAUCCAAAAGUGGACAUCAGAGUUGCACAACUGAGGCCAAAUGUCGAGACAACUGAGAAGAAUGACUUUGUUCCCAUGUCACCUGACAAACCUGUGGGCCUCGAUGUUGAUGAUUUCCUACCCAAUAGAUAUGGGGGAUCAGCUAGACUGGGAUGCAGCCAAGGAUUGCCUGAGAUGUCGGAGGCUGAGGUCAUCAAUAGCAUUAUGCGAGGACAUGAUUCCAUGAUGACGGUGCUGAAUAACAGGCACAGGUCGUUACAGAUUAUUUAUUCAUUAUGGCACAGCAAGGACGUGAAAUCGGCAAUUGACUCUGCUGUUACCAUGAACGAUCUCUCUGUCAUCGUUGAUCUGCUUGGGGUGCUUACACUCAAACCGUGAGUGUUCUAAAAUACCUUGGAUAAUCUAAUCACUCUAUUUCAUCUACUUUCUGCUGUGAAAUCCUUGAACGUCACUCGGGGAUGUCAGUCGAGGUGCAUCCGGUUAAUUUUGAAGUCAGCCAGCCUGAAAAUUAGCCCUCUUACCGUACCGAGCAAAAAUGUUUGAAUAAUUUUUUAUCUCCUCAGAUACCACAAGUGUCUGUCCUGUUACGAAAGACUGGAAGCCCUGAGGCCGAUAAUCCAGAAGAAACAGUCAUCCACCGGUCAAAUGGGUGCGUCUUUUCGUGAGCUCAAUGUCUUAAUGAACACAUUGGUGUGACCGAGGCGUUUGCAGGCGGUUGUAUCGCCGAUGCCACGUCGAUCUUCCACGUUCAAGUGCAAACAUUGCCAAGCACGUGAAACGAGACUGAGAUAAAAAAAAAUAAUAAUCAGCGAACAACGUGGCCCCCAGAUAAUGGCCUAAAAUCUUGCCGGGUAGUUCCUUUUUCAUGAGAAUCCAAGACACUAAUCUUCGAAUCAAACUAGUAAUUUACUAAUUAAUAGUGUCACUGGCUACGCCAUAAACCGAGUGACACUAAUUGAGACUCAAUAACAGAAUUAAAACGUGAUGAUGAACAAGCGACAUGUCUUUCGCUCAAAGCUGAAAGGAAUAUGAGGGACAAUAGAUAUUCAUCCAUUCAUUAUUUUUUUGUACAAUUUUGCCUCAUCUCUCCGUGAGAAUCAUGUGAUGCAGUAGAAGAAGGAGAUGAGUGAAGAGAAUUUAAGGAGAAAAUGUCUCAAUGAAAAUUCAGAUAUGCCGUAAUAAUCUUCUUGAAAUGAGGAAAGCAUUCAACUUGUCUCUUUAUUCCACUCCGAUUCCAUAGUUAUGCUUAAACACAUUUGAUGAAUGAUGAGCAUGAAUGAAGAAAUGGAAAUCAUUGAAAUGUAUUUUUGGGAGGUUGAGACGAUUGGCAAAUCCAUCGUAUCGCUCGUAUUAUGUAAAUAAUAAUUAUUAAUAUUAAUGAGUCUAAUCGAAUUAUGAUUGAUGUGAGGUAUUAGUCCUUGUGUUUUUUUUUAUGAAUAUUGAAAUGUAAUUUUUUAUUAUUUCUGUAUUACAAAUGGUAGUGAAUAAAAGUAUGAGCCCAGUGAACUCGAGAGAGACAAAUUAAAUUCGACAAUCAUGAGAUUUCGAUUGCCAUUAAUUGAAAAAUUACGGUCGAGAAUGAAAAUAUAGUGCGGGACGAAUCGAUCGUCGUUCUCCUCUCCAUCACCUUCUCUAGUUUAUUUACAACCGAUCAAGCAUGAUUCAAGUCUAAUCGCUAUGUCUUUUUUAUUUGAGAUAAAAAGUGAGAGAAAUUUAGUAAAAAGAGGUAACCGUUUUCCUAAUCAAUUUUUUUUUGUAUUAUUCAAUGGCGUCAGUGAUUUUCUUGUAUGUGAAAAAAUUUCCGUAAUUACGAACUUAUGUAUUAAUUAAUUUCAAAGACUAAUGGUUACUGAUAAGUCAUUCUUGUUUGUAACUAAUGCAUUGUACGAGUUAUUAUGAAAAUUGAAUCGAUAUUUGUUCCACCAGUUAUAUUUAAUUUAUAAAUAUAGUGAAUUGUUUCACCAGUCAAUCGUCAAUUUACGUCGAUCUUUAAUUAUUGAAGCCUUUAAUUAAUUUUUGAAUGUGAGAGUGCAAUGUGGAAUUUAUUAAUGAGAAUUUUAGAUUUAGUUUACACAGAGCAAUUUUUCCGAUGAUAUUUUUAUUUCACGAACAAAUAUCCCUUCAAUUUUGGUAAAACAAUUUCAGUGUGAUGAUUCAUGAACAAAAUGUGAAAAAAUAGGAGUUAACUCGUUAAAUCCGUCCAUUAGGUAAUUUUUAUAACGAAAUAAUGAGUGCGAGUCCUGUGUACUUAAAGCGUGCCUGUCAUAUUUAUAUUGUUCAUGUUUGAUUUUGUUUUGUCGAUUGUUCGCAUGUUGAAACGAUCCCAUAGCGUUUGAUUAAAAUUUUUAAUUAUCAAUCAAAUACUCCAUUACGUUUGUCCCGAGACUGUAAAUCCUGUCUUCUAGAUAUUCAUUGUUCAGUUGAUUAUUUCGAGUAUUUACUGCCAAUGAGGGCAUGAAGAGGGUAGAAUGUGUGUAAAAUGAGUUUAUGAAACGUGCUGUUAAAUCAUGCAGAUAAUGUGUUAAUUCAAUGAGCUUCGGCCUUCAAUAACGAUCUCCUCAAAUUGUAUCUUUAUCUUGGGUUCUGUAUUUUUUAUUGCCCACUGGGUUAAGUAUGGGUACAUAUCCUCAUCAUGAGCUUGUCGAAUGGCAUUAAUAAAUUAACAAUUUUUUCAAUUGUCAUAA